ACAACUAAUAAUAUUUUAGUUGAGAUUAGUCUUAUUAGAAUUAACGUUAUUAGAGACAUUAUUGGAGUUGUUGAUACUGAAGACGUUAAAGUUGCUUUUACUGGAAAUAUUGUAGAUAUCAGCUUUAACU